GAGUAAAAUUUUAAUUAAAUGGUUUAUAAAGCCCAAGCCCACUAAGAUAAACCCUAGCUUUCUUCUCUCCACAUUUCAUCUACCUGCUAGCCGCACUAUCUCUUCUUCCAUCUUCACUCAGUCAACUAAAAGAUGGCGAUGGUGGAAGAGGAACCCAAGGCUCUGAACUAUAUUCCAGAGGUUAUAUUGAAGAAGAGGAAGCACAGUGAAGCAUGGGCUUUGAGAAAAAAGGAUCAAUUCCAGAAGAAAAGUUUCCAGCUCAGAAAAUCCAAGGACUUCAUCAAAAAGCCUGAGGAUUUCAUCUUUGAGCAUCGUAAUAGAGAGAUUGAUCUCGUUAGGAUGAAACGUAGGGUUAAGAGGAAUCGUGGAGAGAAAACUGGCACAAUCAAUAAGCCCAUAAUUGUUAUUCGUAUACAAGGGAAACAAGAUAUGCAUGCUACAACUAGGAAGCACUUGUUUGAUUUGGGAUUGAGAAGGAUUUUCAGUGCUGUUUUUUUGAAGCCGACUGAUGGAGUUAUGGCUAAGCUGGCUAGAGUUGAACCAUAUGUUACCUAUGGGUAUCCAAAUCUUAAAAGCAUAAAGGAGCUAAUUUACAAGAAGGGAAAUGCAAAAUUAGAUAAGCGAAAAGUUCCUUUGACAGAUAAUAACCUUAUUGAGCAGGAAUUAGGAAAGUUCGGUGUUGUUUGCAUAGAAGACAUUGUGCAUCAAAUUGAGAAUGUUGGUCCUCACUUUAAGGAAGUUGUCGGAUUUAUGUGGCCUUUUGAACUGAACAAGCCAGCAGAUGGAUUGAACGGAUUGAAAAACCGAUUCAAGCAUGGUGGGGAUUCAGGGGACCGUGAAGAUCUCAUCAACGAGCUCAUCAAUAAGAUGAAUUAAUGCAGGUCAAUAUACUAUCAGUACUAUCAAAGUUUUGAUGGUUUAUGGUGUCCUUCACAUGAAUUUUGUUGGUUUGUUAUGCUGUUGUCAAAACAAAAUUAAAAUACUAUGUAGUAUCUUAGUGCCUACCUUUUUGUAUUCCUUUUUAUUUUGGUUCUUCUAACAAUGAGAAGAGGGGGCAAAGGAUUGGUUGAAUGUAUUUGAUGGACUUGAAACCAUGAUCUAGUUGCUGUCUUUUCUGUCAUGAACUAUGUUUAGGUCCUGAAACAAAGUUACCAUUUAUUUGAGGUACUAUUUUUGAAUUGGUAUUGUAUAGUUUAAUACA